AUGGGAAAGGGAAGAAAACAGACACAAGGAAGGAAGCAAGAGGCUGAGAGGGAAGAUGAACUAGGAGAAGAAAACUCUGUAGAAGAAGAAAAAUAUAUGGAGGGGAAAAUCAGAUUAUAUACUUGUGGUGGCAGCAAGAGUACCGUGAACAUCAGUGGUGAGAAUGCAGAGUCUUACCAGUUUGUUUGCCAGGAAUUUUUCUGCUCAGAUGUUUUUAAAGCUGGACAUGGUGCACAACUGGCUGAUGGAGGAUGGCUUAUACCCAGCAAUGAAGGAAUGGCAGGAAAACAGGAAUUUUAUAGGGCUUUAUGUGAUACUCCUGGUGUGGAUCCAGCACUUAUCAGUGAGGCCUGGGUGUACAAUCACUACAGAUGGAUUGUAUGGAAACUUGCAGCAAUGGAAGUGUCUUUCCCACAGGAAUUUGGCAGUAGAUGCUUAACUCCAGAAAGAGUGCUUCUACAACUGAAAUACAGAUAUGAUGUGGAAAUUGAUCAUAGUCUGAGAUCUGCCAUCAGGAAGAUCAUGGAAAGGGAUGAUACAGCAGCAAAAACAGUUGUGCUUUGUGUUUCCCGAAUAGUGUCAGUGGUGCCCAAGUCAUCAGAUUCUACCAGUAUACUAGAAAGCACCACUGCAGUUAAAACCGAUUCAAAAGCUUUAUUAACAAAGAAAGACUGCUCACUUGCUGUCGUAGAAGUUACUGAUGGGUGGUAUAGUAUUAAAGCACUUUUAGACCCCCCACUCACUGCAUUGUUACACAGGGGAAGGCUUGCUGUUGGUUACAAGAUUAUUGUACAUGGAGCAGAACUCCUUGGUUCACAGGAUGCUUGCACACCUUUAGAAGCUUCAGACUCUGUCAUGUUAAAGAUUUCUGCUAACAGCUGUCGUCUUGCCCGUUGGCAUACUAAAUUAGGAUUCUUUCAUGACCCUCGACCAUUUGCACUGAAGCUGUCUUCUCUGUUUGGUGAUGGUGGGACUGUUGGAUGUGUUGAUGUAGUCAUACUUAGAUUAUAUCCUAUGCAGUGGAUGGAAAAGAAAGCAGAUGGUAUAUAUAUUUUUCGUAAUAGUCGAGCAGAAGAAAAAGAAGCACAGAAGCAAGAAGAAAGACAGCAGCAAAAUAUGGAAAAGCUUUUUGCUAAGAUUCGAGCAGAGUUUGAACAAAAAUCUGAAGCUGCAAGUCAAGGAAAGGACAAGAAAAUGCUGAACUUAACUAGACGGCAAAUUCAGAGUCUUCAGGAUGGCGCAGAUCUAUAUGAAGCGAUACAAAACGCAUCAGAUCCAUCUUACCUAGAGGCUUGUUUAACUGAGGAGCAGCUAAGAAUGUUGAACAAUCAUAGACAAAUGGUCAAAGAUAAAAAGCAAGUUGAAAUCCAAGCCGAGUUCAGGAAAGCUUUAGAAUCUGCUGAACACGAUAACCAGUGCUCUAAGAGGGAUGUUACUCCAGUCUGGAAGAUGCGUGUUGCGGAGUAUAAAAAACAAAUGAAUUAUGCAGAAUAUAUUCUGAACAUUUGGCGUCCACCUCCCGACCUGCAUUCCCUUUUAAAGGAAGGUGCAAGAUAUAGGAUUUAUCAUGUAACUACAUCACAGUGCAGAGGAAGAGCAGGCAUCGCUGAUGUCCAGUUGACAGCAACCAAGAAAACUCAGUUUCAGCUUUUACAGCCUUCCCAAAGUUUGACACAGCUUUUCAGUCCACGGCAAGCCCUAAAAUUUGCUGACUUACUAUAUCCUGACUUUCAGCCACCUUGCAUGGAAAUAGAUCUUGUGGGGUAUAUUAUCUCUUUUGAAGCAAAACCAGGUGCUGCUCCAGUAGUUUACCUCUGUGAUGAAGGCCAGGAUCUGUUGGCUGUACGAUUUUGGACAGGCCUUACCCACCUUGCUCUUGAAGAUGUCAUUAAGCCAUUUUCAGUAAUUGCUGCAUGUAAUCUGCAGUGGAGAUCUGAUUGCAAAUCGGUAAUUCCAACCUUGUAUGCUGGAGAACUAUCUUCAUUUUCUAUAAACCCAAAAGAAGGGCACCUUAAGGAAACUUGUACUACUUUGAGGAACGUUAUACAGUCUUCAGGCAUUGGCAGAAAGUCUCAAACUCCCCUCUCAUUAAUGAAGCCAGGGUUCAGGAAUUUGUCCACAUCAGACUCUGCACAGAAUUUCUUUCAGAGUAUGAAGAAGGAAGAGAGAGAAGUGGAGUCUGCAACAAAACUUAAGAAAAUGAGGGGGAUGGAUUACUUAUCUCGAAUUCCUUCUCCACCUCAUCUUAAUGCACUUAAAAGUCUUGUGUCUCCAUCACUACAGAAGGCUUUCCAUCCUCCAAGAAGUACUGAUGCAAAUGAUAUUAGCAAGUUAAGAAGACUAAGCACCUCUAAAGAACAUAUUUCAUGCACUGAAACAUCUGAAAGACAACUUCCACUUUCUGAAGAGGAAUGGGUAGCAGAUGAAGAACUUGCAAUGAUAAAUACACAAGCACUUCUCUCUGGUGCGAGUGAGAAUGUGAAUAUGGUUGUUAAAGAAAGGUCUAAACUUAAUGUUUCAGAAUGCAACAAUGCAAAGAGUAAAACUGCAUUAGUAAAUGAACAAAACACUAACCAGGUUGAUGUAUCACUAAACAGUCCUCGGAACAUUGAACAACCUACAGCCAAAGCAUCUGAAAAUAAUGCUGACAAAGUCAUUGCUUCACUUGGUAACACUCAAGUUAUCCACACUUCUGAGAAAGAACAGCAAAAUGAGGAGUCAGCUCCCAUUCGUAAGAGACUGCAAAGGAAGAGACGGCAAAAACGCUCUUGAAUAACAUCAGUGUUGUUUGUGUACAAGUGUUGCACCAUUUAUAUGACUAGAGGACAAAGUGCAGUCUGUUUGACAAAUGUUUGAAGAUGUGCAGCGUGCCUUAGUUUUAGGAAUAUAUUGAUUGACCAGAUCAAGCUGCUUUAUUAGUUUUGUGUUAGGAGUAGCAGUUAAGCUUGGCUACUGUAAAAUUAGAGGGAGACUUCUUCCAAUAGUUCUCUUCAUUGUAAAUAUGUACAUCUUGUAAAGAAAAAAAAAUACUUUAUGUGUAUUGACGCCAAAGAGUUUCUUAUACAGGAGCAUUUGAGAAAAUUAUGGGUGAUAUAUAAGGACUUCCAGAAUGUCUAUAACUAUUAAAAAAUGUAAAUGAA